AUGAAAGAGUUUAUUAGCGGACCCGGAUUGGUCGGCAAAAUCGUCGAGCAUGACAUCCCACAACCUGGACUAGGUCAGGUCGUAGUCAAAAUGGCAGCCGCUGGGGUCAAUCCGAAAGACUGGAAGAUGGUUGACUAUGGGGGAUGUACCCCAAACGGAAGUUUCGCGGAAUAUGCGGUGAUUGAGGCCAAUGCCGCGUGGGUUCUUGGACCUCAGACAGCCUUUGAGGAAGCAGCAACGGUCCCUCUCAAUGCCUGCACCGCUGCAACCGGUCUCUAUAUGGAACGUAAACUUCCCGCGCCCUGGCUACCAGCAAAGGAACCCACACCUUUGAUUGUUUGGGGGGCGACGUCCGCGGUGGGAGCAUAUGCAGUUCAGCUUGCCGUUAAGAGCAAUGUUCAUCCUAUCAUUUGCGUUGCUGGGAGUUCCAAACGGUAUCUGGAAGAUUUCAUCGACCGUAGCCAAGGGGACACAAUUCUCCACUACCGCGACUCCGAAGAUGACAUUAAACAAGGAAUUAGAAAUGCUGCAAGUGGACAUACGAUACUACACGCGAUCGAAGGAGUGUCGAGCGAAAGAAGCGCACACAUCAUGGCCGAAACUAUGGGCACUGGUGGCCAUAUUGGUCUUGUGCUUUUUGAGAAAGAACACACUGACAUUCCAACUCAUAUCACACACAACAAAUACAACGUGUCGGUCAUGCAUGAGAACGAGAAAGAUUUUGGUUUCAGGCAUGAGGUGGUGCCAGGCGGACUCAACGGCGUUAUCACAGCAUUUGAGCGCUUGAAGGCAGGCCAAGCCCACGCCGUGAAGUACGUUAUAAAGCUUUAG